AUGUCUUCCACGCUCUUCCGUCGCGCCGCUGUCGCCGCCCCCGCGGGCCGGGUUUUUAGCACCUCGUCGCCGCGCCCCAUCGCCCGCAUCUCCAUCAUCGGCAACCUCGCCGACACGCCCGAGGUCCUGCCCACCAGCACCGGCCGCGAGAUCAUCAAGUAUGCCGUCGCCAGCAACUCGGGCCCCAAGGAAAACCGUCAGACCUCGUGGUUCCGCGUCACCAGCUUCGCCGAGGGGCCCCGCAAGGACUUUCUCCUGACCUUGCCCAAGGGUGCAACCGUUUUCGUUGAGGGCGAUGCCAGCACCGGCACCUACCAGGACAAGGACGGCCAGACACGCAGCAGCUUCAACAUUGUUCAGCGCAGCAUCGAGGUCAUCAAGCGUCCCCAGUCGCAGAACGAGUAA